UCUUUAUAGAAAACCAUUGACUCGUCCCAAGUCUAUUCCAACGACUCCACUGCACUUCCACUGCAAGCCCACACCGCCUUCCUCGAACCACCGUUAAUGGCGGCUCCCUUUCUUCCACUCUUCCUUCUCCCUUCUUCGUUUUUUACUUACAGUCUAGUCAAACCUCUGACAACGUUUGCUCAAUUUUUCUUCAACGUCUCUCGCAAGUAAACCCUAAAAAUCCAACUAAAAUCUCCCUAAUUUCUAACUUCUCCUCUCACUUUCCCCACUUUCUCACCCCCAGCCCAAUCCUGUGUCUCACUCAUGGAAUCCACUGUUGCGGCCUUACUUGCAGCCUCUGCGAGCUUCGUCGUUGUAACCCUAACUUUUGCCCUAAUCUUCUUCGUUUGCAAAUUAAACACAAAGCCAAAAACCCAAACCCGAAGCCGUACCAGACCAGAACCUAAUAAUCUUACCUCUUCCUUCCACAUCGAUGAAAGCGCAUCGUUCGAUCCUUCCCUCAAUCAGAUCUCCAUGACUGAUCUCAUGGUCGCCACUCGUAAUUUCGCCAGCGACGGAAUCAUCGGAGACGGUAGCUUCGGCCUGGUCUACAAAGCUCGGCUUUCCAACGGCUCCGACUGCGUCACCGUCGCCGUCAAGAAGCUAAGCGAAGAUGCUUUCCAAGGAAGCCGUGAAUUCCACGCCGAGAUGGAAACCCUAGGUAAGAUUCGUCACCGCAACCUCGUUAAGAUCCUUGGCUACUGUGUUUCCGGCGAUGACCGGAUCUUAAUAUAUGAGUUUAUCGAGAGGGGAAGCCUUGACCAAUGGCUUCAAGACACGUCACCUGUUGUGGAUGACAUGUCAUGGCCGUUAAAUUGGGAAACGAGGAUCAAGAUCAUAAAGGGUGUAGCCCUAGGCCUCUCAUUCCUACACGGUUUAGAAACCCCAAUCAUCCAUAGAGAUAUCAAGGCGAGUAAUGUGUUAUUGGACUCAGAAUUUGAGGCACACAUAGCCGAUUUUGGAUUGGCUAGAAGGGUCAACGCAUUUUCUUCACACGUGUCAACCCAAGUCGCCGGAACGAUGGGGUACAUGCCGCCGGAGUAUAAAGCCGGCGUCACUCUGGCGACAUUAAAGGCCGAUGUGUAUAGCUUUGGGAUAUUAAUGCUAGAGGUUGCGACGGGGCGGCGGCCGAAUUGGCCGGUGAAGAUGGAGAAUGGGAGGGAAGUAGGGUUAAUUGAGUGGGCGAUGACGAUGGUUGCGGAGGACCGGCAUGUCGAAAUGAUCGAUAAGACUCUGUCUAGAGACGGGUUGAAGGUGGAAGAGGUUAAGGAGUUCCUAAGGAUUGCAUGCUUGUGUGGAAGUGAGAUGUCAAGGGAGAGGCCUUCCAUGGGGGAGGUGGUGACAAUGUUGGAUUCAAUUUGUGAUCAAUGUGAUGAGAACAAAGACAAGGAGGUCCAAGAACAUUCUAUAAAGAUUGAUUCCGCAACAACUGAAGAAAACAUCAGUUGAGAGUUGAUUGGAGAGAGAAUCUAUGUAAAAGACCUCAUUUAGUUACGAUGAGACUUAAUUAAGUUUGAGUUGUAUGUGCAUAUAUAGUUUAAGUGGUUUUCAUUGUAUUAGGAAAUUUGAAAGUGAGGGUGGAUGGUGAUUAGCCAACCCGUUUUAAUUUAGUGAAGCCAAUUUAUUUAGGGUCAA